AGUCCAGAGAGCGAUCGAAAGUGGGACAGACACCUGAAAAGCCUAGAGAGGAGUUACACAAAAUAGUGAUCGCCGAUAUUAAUGACAAGGCAGCGCCAUGGCGCUAAACAAGAACAAUUCAGACUCUGGGGGGGUGAUCAUCAACAACAGCGAGAGUGUCCUGAUGACCUAUGACCAUGUGGAGCUGUCCUUCACUGACGCAGAAACAUUGCCAGAGCCUUUUAGGAAGAGCAAAAAGGGAAGCAUCUAUCUGACCCCAUACCGGGUGAUCUUCCUGACCAAAGGCAAGGAUCCCAUGCAGUCCUUCAUGAUGCCAUUUUAUCUGAUGAAGGGCUGUGAGGUGAAACAGCCAGUCCUGGGGGCCAACUACAUCAAGGGCAUUGUGAGCUCUGAGUCCGAAGGAGGCUGGGAGGGUUCUUGCAACUUCAGACUGACCUUCAGUUCAGGGGGGGCCAUUGAGUUUGGGCAGUACAUGCUACAGGUGGCAUCACAAGCUUCUAGAGGUCAGCCUGUGAGUGGUGCCUUUGGGUGCCCAUACAUGCCCAAUGGAGCCUACUCCUAUCCCUCACCCCCCGCCAAUGGAAUGUAUGCUGGACCCCCACCAGGUUACGUCUAUCCCCCUCCUCCAGCUGGAUUUUACCCUGGACCCCCAACUUUUGACAGUGCUGCUAGUUACAUGCCUCCUCCCCCCUAUUCUGGACCAAUGGAACAGCCCGCUCAAGACCCAGGCCUGCCCAACACUCCAGCAGCACAAGCAAAAGCUGCAGAGGCAGCAGCCAGCACCAGCUACUCAUCUCCUGGCCCUCCUGUCUACAUGCCCGAGGACAAACCUCCUCCCUACUCCCCACCAGAGGACAAGAAAUCCAAGUAAAAGAAGCAGAUGGUGGGACUCAGUGAUCACUCUUCCCAUUCUCCCCUAUCCUGUCUGGAUGACAGGCACCCCAAACCCUCCCCUGCAAACCCUGGACCCAUGAUAGAACUGGAGCAUGUGCUUGUAGUAUUAAUGCUGCACGAACAAACUCUUUUACUACAUUUAGGACUUUGUCCAUUACACUCCCAUUUAUACAUCACCUGAUAAUCCUGCUGUCUCCACCCCAGAGAUGAAUAAUUUUAAUCCACAUUUGAUUGGCAAUCACACUGCUCUUUGGACCUUCAUAUAGUGUCACUUCAAGCAGUGAAUUGAAUAAACUACAGCUUUCCAGGGUUUCAGUGGGAUGACCUGUCUCCGUAUGAUGAACUGCACAUUAAAAGGCGUAUAACUGUUAUAAUCGGAAAAUACUAAAUACAAGUUAAUAACUAAAAACCAUAGGGAGACCUGGAAGAAGUCGGGCAGUUGCAUGAAUGGAUACAAUUACCUGCUUUUUAUACUCCUGUCAUUCCUUAAAAAUUAAAGACAGUGAGAGGACCGAUUUGAACAUGGGUACAAUUGUAAGCAUUCUCUCAUGUUUUAAUGAAGAAACUUAAAUCCGUUAAAAAAUGUUGAAAGGCACAGUUAGAUUACGGUGAAGGGUCUUGGCUUGGGUUCUAGAACUCUCAUCUUUUUUCGAAGCAAAAAAGAGUAUCUUAGUAAUAUAUACAUUAACUUUGUAAUAUCCUAAACAGCUCAUUCCUAGUAAUCAACCAUUCUGUUCUUGCAGUAUUAACAGAUGGUAUGAUGAAGGCACUUUCCAGUGCAGCACCUUACUUUUCAUUCAUUACCUGUGGCUUCUCCUGUGGCACAAAGCAGAUUGCUGUUUUUCUUCGCAAAGCUUGCACUUCUAAAUGGCUAUGCAUUAUGUGCCCCCUCCUCCCUGUGUGUAUAAAGGUGAAAGUUUAUUUAAAAAUCUUACUAAUUUAUUCAUUAAUUUAUUAAGUUGAAAAGGCAUGGUUACUUAUGUGUAACUCUUCUAAACUGUGAAUUAACUCAGUUUUAAUAAAUUGAAUUUGUGUGAACAGA